AUGUCAGAAAAUGUCUCCAGACUCCCCACCCGCGUCUCUACCCUCGAUGGCGCUGCACCAGAACCUUUCGAUCACGAGAUCUCAUUGAUCGACACCACUGAUACCACGACCCAUGGCGAACCCGGGUCCAGCGCGCAGAAUCUCGCAAAAUCAACUACCCGUUCUUCGUUAAAAGGCCGUUUGUCGAAACGAAAGCAUGCGAAGUAUGGAAAAUGGCAGGAAGGUCGCUACGCCUCCAAAGCAGGCAGCACUGUGACAACCGAGGAGCGGGAGCCGCCAACGGUGCCAUCAAACGAAACCGAGGCCGGCAACGGAACAGCAACUGUGGAUUUUGCGCCUAGCGUUACUGUUGACCGAGGACGAAUAGGUGCAGAGAAGAGGAACAAAGAAUCGAAACAUCUAAAGCAGGAAGUUCAUGAGUAUGACAUUCUCUACGAGAACCAGCGAGGGUCAUUCUUCUGUGGAAUCCCAUUGUAUGCGCACUCGUCCCUGUUGCCGAUAGAUCCUUCUCCAUGGGUGAACAGGGAUUUACACGACUCCCCAGUCAACAUCACCAAUGCUCAAGUCCCGGAUCCUAGUUGGGAAUGGGCCUGGAGAACUUGGUAUGUUGACAUGAGUUACGAUGUGGAUGAAGAAGGCUGGCAAUAUUCUUUUGCCUUUGGAAGGAAUUGGUCAUGGCAUGGUACACAUCCUUGGUUUCAUUCCUUCGUCCGGCGAAGACGAUGGUUACGAAAACGCGUCAAAAAGAACCCCAAUGCUCUUUGGGGCAGACCAGGCAGUAUGGGUGCCGCCCACCAUCUAAAUCCAGACUAUUUCACCAUCCACUCGAAACGAGACCGAAGUCCGGUCAGUGCCGUCGAUGGCGCCGGUAAAGCCGCCAGGCCAUCGAGCUUCAUCAGCUUUCCGAGCACUGUCGACCCGGACGAGCCUCCUGAGGAAAUCAAAGACAUCGGGACUCUGCUCAAAACCCUCAAAUAUGCCACGGUUGAUCGUGAGAAAAUUGACCUCGUGAAGAAGUUUGUUGAUCAAGGUGGGAGCGAAUUGUUCUACCUCAAAGACCAUAUUCCCGACAUUAUGGCAUUUUUUGUAUUUCAGAAUUCGAGGAAACAGCUGCUGUCGUAUCUUAGGCAGACCACCGACGAAGCACGUCAACACCGGCAAAAACAUGAAGACGAGGAUAAGCCUGAGGGCGAUACUGAAAGAGGAAGGAUCGACAAUCUCCUUGCUGCCGUUGAUGCUGCCAACGCCGAGAUUGGAGGUUUGGAGUUUUGGAGCGAUCGAAAGCACGUUCUGAAGACUUCUGACAGCGAGGGCAUGGCAACAGGACCCAUUGCAACUAUUUUUGAUGAGCAUGCGCCAAGGCCAGAGCCAGAGGUUGAGGAUGAUCCAGUCAAAGAGAUCAAAGGCAUAUCGGAGAAAGCCGACAUUGACCUAGAGCCUACACCAGCUGGUUCCAAUGCAGAGACACCCUCGGCAACUGGGGAUGAAGAAGACCGAAAGCGGAAAGAGGCCAAGGGUAAAGGCCGAGCAACUGAGCAUGACAGCGAGGACGACCAGGCUGAAGCAGAUCCUACCCCACGUUUGGGUCCGGACGAUGUCCUUGUUCCGGAGCAAGAUUAG